AUGAGCACAGAAAGCAUGAUCCGAGACGUGGAACUGGCUGAGGAAGCACUCCCCAAGAAGGAAGGGGGCCCCCAGGGCUCUAGGAGGUGCUGGUGCCUCAGUCUCUUCUCCUUCGUCGUCAUCUUAGGAGCCACCACGCUCUUCUGCCUGCUGCACUUCAGGGUCAUCGGCCCUCAGAGGGAAGAGUUCCCAGACAGCUUCCCGCUCAUCAACCCUCUGGCCCAGACCCUGAGAUCAUCUCGGUUCCCAAGUGAUAAGCCUGUAGCCCAUGUUGUAGGUAAGUACCAAGUUGAAGGAAAACUCCUGUGGCAGAACCGAGUAGCCAAUACCCUGGUGGCCAAUGGCAUGGAGCUGACAGACAAUGAGCUGGUGGUGCCCUCUGAUGGGCUGUACCUCAUCUACUCCCAGGUCCUCUUCCAGGGCCAAGACUGCCCUUCCACCCACCUGCUCCUCACCCAUAACAUCAAGCGCUUUGCUGUCUCCUACCAGACCAAGGUAGCUCUUCUCUCUGCCAUCAAGAGUCCCUGCUCGAGGGAGACCCCAGAGGGGUCAGAGGCGAGGCCCUGGUUCGAGCCCAUCUAUUUGGGGGGGGUCUUCCACCUGGAGAAAGGCGACCGGCUCAGCGCGGAGAUCAAUCUGCCUGACUAUCUGGACCUUGCCAAAACUGAGCAGGUCUACUUUGGGAUCGUUGCCCUGUGA